AUGGGAAAUGAUUAUUGCUUGAGUAGAAAAUCAAAAAUUUAGGAUCAACAAUUUUUUAAAUCAGAAAUAGCAUAUCAUCUAGAAAGAUUAAAGGAUAUCCCAAUAAGAUAAUAAAAUGUUUUUGAAUAUGAAAAUAAAUCAAUUAUUGAUCUCUUAAAAAAUAUAGAUAUAAAUGUUUAAGAUCAGAUUAAUAAAGGAUAAGAAGACAGAAGUUUAGAGAACAAUGACUCAAUCAAGGUUGAUUUUGCUUAAUAUACUCAAAUAGGUAAUGAGAUAAUGAUACAAUUACAAUAAAAGAUUAUGGAUCUAGAUUCAAAUAAGUAGGACUGGAGUAUUUUAAUUGAUGAUAUUGAAAGCUCUCAUUUUCUUAAAAUAUAAAUAGCAUAAACUUAAAUGGAUGAUGGAAAUUAUAUCAAUACAAUAAUAAGUUAAUUUAUUGUUCCUUGCUAUCCUUAAAAGUUUAUAGAUUAUAUGGGUAACUUUAAUGAACAAAAAAAAUUAGAUGAUCGAAUAGAUUAAUUUAAAUGUAUUAGUAAAAAUGUUGAAGAUAAAGAAUAAAUUAUUUAUUUAAGUUAUAAAAAAGUUUCUAUUUUAUCUGCUAGAGAUUUUAUCUAUUUUAAAAAAACUAAAUUAAUUGAUGAAGAUUAAUAAGUUUGGUGUGAUGCAAGUAAAUCUAUUUAAAAUGAUAAAAUUUGUCCAAUAAAAAAUACAAUUAUUCGAGGAACUAUUUAUAUUAGUGGAUAUAUUAUUUAACCACUUAAAAAUAUUCUCAAAUUUAAUUCAUAUUCAUAGAGGUAAAUAAUAUUUUAAUAUAAUUAAAAGAUUUGCUUCUCUUAAAUUGAAAUCAGAAAAUUAUUCAUUUGUAUAAAUGUGCUCUGAAUGCGAUUAUAAAUUAAAAAUUCCAUUUUAUUUUGCGAAAAGACAAGUUAAAGAAGAGAUGAUUAAUUAUAUAAAUAAACUAUAGAAUAAUUUAUAAUGA